CGAGCGAAGAGAAUGGAAUAUUGUAAUUUAUUUGUAUGUGAUAACGAUAAAUAAUUUUUUUGUUGUCUCUUCGUUUUUGGUCAACAUUUCGCGAGAUACCGUUCAAAAUAAAAAUAUAAAAAGGCCCAUACAAAAAUAACGAUGGAAAACUCUGUCGCAAGUCUUCAAUCUGCAUCAUCAUCAUCUGAUGCCCGAUCGCAACAACCUCCGCCGGGAGAACUUGUUCAAGCAGCUGCUGUGGUUCUCUCAUUACAAAGCACAAUGGUCUCAAGUUUACAACAAGCAGCAAUGUUGCCUGCGAAUUCUCCCGCAGCUGCUGCGUUCAAUUUGCAAGCGUUGGAAUCUUAUUUGACUCUUCAGAGACUCACAACGGGCAAAAGUGACAUGUUAAGCAGUUUGAAUCGAAGCGAAGAACAAGAAGAUUCGCAAGAUGUUUCAAUGAACCAAGAUGAUGAUAUUGCUAUGAGCAUGAACGACGAUGAUGACAUGGCAUUCGGUGAUAUGGUUAAUAAUGAUUUGCCGACGGCAAUUGGAUCAUUAGAAGGCGGUUAUUCGAGCUUGUUAUUGAAUGCGGUAUAUCAGCAGCAACAACAACAGGCGGUUCAUUCGACAAUGACUGCCGAUAAAUUAGCAACGUUGGCGAAACAAACUACAGGCAAUAAAGUGACGAACGCAAAUCCAUCAACAUUAGCGCAAACAACAACAUCAACAGUUGCGGGACAAUCUGCUCCUCGUCCUAAAAAGCAAUUCAUUUGCAAGUUUUGCAAUCGACAAUUCACAAAAUCAUACAAUUUGUUAAUUCAUGAAAGAACGCAUACAGAUGAACGUCCCUAUUCGUGUGACAUUUGCGGAAAAGCGUUCCGACGACAAGACCAUUUGCGUGAUCAUCGUUUCAUUCAUUCUAAAGAGAAGCCCUUUAAAUGUUUGGAAUGCGGUAAAGGCUUUUGUCAAUCACGCACAUUAGCGGUGCAUAAAAUUCUUCAUAUGGAAGAAUCGCCGCACAAGUGUCCCGUUUGUAAUCGCAGUUUUAAUCAACGUUCUAACCUGAAAACCCACCUUUUAACACACACCGACAUCAAACCGUACAAUUGUUCGAGUUGCGGCAAAGUAUUUCGUCGCAAUUGUGAUUUGCGUAGGCAUAGUCUCACACAUAAUUUAGCAGCUUCAAACUCGCAUGAAUCUCUCACGAAUAACAUUCCUUCCGAUGACACAAGUAGUAUUAGCGAACGGAAAACAGUAACAAAACUCCCAUCAAUUGGAGCAACAAUUCUUUCAUUUAAGGCAAACAACAAUAAAAGGGCUCUCGAAAACAAUUGAAGAAAACAAAUUCUUUUCACCUGAUGAUAUAGAGAUAAUAUAGUUAAGUAAGAUAAGACAUAGACUGAGCAAUGCUUUGUAUAGAAAUUUAAUCCUUCCAUUUUCUCUAAAGUAACUUGUGAUUUUGCUGCUCUUCCUAUAGUAGAUAUAUAGACGUAAGUGACAAUUAAUC